AUGUUGUGUUGGGCCCUUUGGUGUGCUAGAAACGACCUCAUAUGGCAGCAGCGAUCCCGUAGCGUGAAGGACGUGGUUACAUUUGCUAAUUCGAGUCUUGAUCAAUGGUUGAAAGCUCAAGGAAAGGGUAAUAUUCCCUCGUUGUCUCCUCUCAAAGAUGGAGAUGGUUCGGAGCUUUGGUUAAAGCCGAGUGUAGGCAUCAAACUCAAUGUCGAUGCAGCCAUUUCCGAACGUUCUUCAAAGCAUGGUUUCGGGUGUGUUGUCCGAAAUGCAGAUGGUAUUUUGAUUGCUGCCUUUGCUGGUGUGAAACCCGGUAGAGUUUCUCCCGAAUUGGCCGAAAUAAUGGGCAUAAUGGAAGCUUUGAGUUGGCUGAAAAAUCACUCCUACACUCAAGCCAUUGUUGAGACAGAUAGCCUCGUGUGUGCAGAAGCCAUUCGGAGUGCAGAGGUGUUUGUUUCCUCUUUCGGUUCAGUGGUGGAAGAUUGCAAGAAGAUCUUUAAGAGUUUGUUUAAUGUUUCGCUUUUGUUUGUUAAGCGUUCUGCGAAUUGUGUUGCGCACUUUGUUGCCCGGCACUCUAUUUCGUUAGCUGAACGUAUGUUUUCUAUUAAUAGUGUUCCUAUGGAAUUGAUGUCUAUUCUUACGAGCGAUUGCUCGACUUAA